GGCGAAGGAACAACACAGCCAAGCCAACAGGAGAGCGAAAAGCAGGGAGAGAGCGGAAAGCCCACCACCUUCCUUGGAUCCACAACCCACCCCACACCCCACACACGCCACUCCCUUCCCCUCCCCCCUCCCUCUCUCUCUUCCUCUCCCAUCGAGUAUUAUAGUCUUGGUCUAUUCGAGUCCUACCAGUAAGUAGCAGCGAGGCGAGAGCGAGGCGAGCGGAGCGGAGGAGGUGGUGGUAGUGGGGAGGAAGCAGCCGCAGCGGGGGAGUAAGGGAGGGAGAUCUAGCCGGAGGAGGAGGCGCGCGCAGGCAGGCCGGCGUCCAUGGGGGCUCGCUGCUCCAAGCUCUCCGCCUGCUGGUGGCCGCCGCACUUCAAAUCGCCCCGCCUCGAGAACGGCGCCGCCGGGGAGGACGGCAGCGGCGUCCCCGUCUUCGCGGAGUACAGCCUCGACGAGCUCCGCGCCGCCACCGACGGCUUCGCCACGGACCGCAUCGUCUCCGAGCACGGCGAGAAGGCGCCCAACGUCGUCUACCGCGGCACCCUCUUCAGCUCCGGCGCCACCGUCGCCAUCAAGCGCUUCGGCCGCUCCGCCUGGCCCGACGCGCGCCAGUUCGUGGAGGAGGCCAGGGCCGUUGGGCUGCUGCGGAGCGGUCGCCUGUCCAACCUCAUCGGUUGCUGCUGCGAGGGCGGCGAGCGGCUGCUCGUCGCCGAGUUCAUGCCGCAUGAUACCUUGGCAAAGCAUCUCUUCCACUGGGAGACGAAACCAUUGAGCUGGGCAAUGAGGGUGCGAGCUGCACUCUAUGUGGCCCAAGCACUGGAAUACUGCACCCUCAAAGGGAGGGCUCUCUACCAUGACCUUCAUGCAUACAGGGUCCUCUUUGAUGUGGAUGGCAACCCUAGAUUGUCAUGUUUUGGUUUGAUGAAGAACAGCAGAGAUGGGAAAAGCUACAGUACCAAUUUGGCUUUCACACCUCCUGAGUAUCUGAAGACAGGUAGAGUAAUCCCUGAGAGUGUGGUCUACAGCUUCGGUACCAUCUUGCUUGACCUCUUAAGUGGAAAACACAUUCCACCAAGCCAUGCCCUUGACCUUAUCAGAGGAAGGAACAUCACUGUGCUCAUGGAUUCUUGCUUGGAAGGUCAUGUCUCCAGUUCUGAUGGAACUGAAAUGGUGCGGUUAGCAUCCCGCUGCUUGCAAUAUGAAGCUCGUGACCGGCCAAACCUGAAAGCAGUAGUGUCUGCUCUUGCAAGCCUUCAAAAAGACGCUUCCGCUCCUUCACAUACUUUGCUGGGCAUCUCACAGGAUGCGGUCAAGGAGAACGCAGAGCAAGUUUCAUUUUCUGCUACUGAGAAAGCUUAUGCGACAGCAAACCUUGAGCAGGUGCAUGAGUUGCUGGAAAAUGAGGGAUAUGAUGAGGAUGAGACAGCAAGUUUUAAGGUGUCUUUAAGCUCAUGGCCUGGUCAACCAUCUGAGAGCAUUCAGGUCAAGAAGAAUGGAGAUGAUGCUUUUCAAUCCAAAGAUUUCACGACUGUGCUGGAGUGUUAUGCAAGGUUUAUCGACACCGGUGCAAUGGAGUCUCCGACCAUGCUAGUGCGGCGAGGCUUCGCGAACGUGGUGCUUGGAAGGAUGGAGGAUGCCCUGGAGGACGCAAGGAGAGCAGAGGGGAUAUCACCCGAGUGGCCGACGGCGCACUACCUGCAAGGGAUGGCGCUCAUCGGGCUCGGCAUGGAGCUCGACGGCCAUGAGAAGCUAAGGAUAGCUGCGUCCUUGGAAGCCCAGAGAACCGGUAGGAACUAGGACUGUAUAGAGCCGCCCGCGAUGACGCCUCCUCUUCUCUCUUUCUGUACCUAGGUCGCCUGCGCUUUUGGGUGUCGUCGGUCCAACCAGAUAUGCAUGCUUUGCAACCAGUGGCAGUAGGGUUGUUUUUUGGCCUCCCCUAACUUGAAUUGGUGUCCUCCUUAAGUGGUUUUUACAACAAACUCCUAGGCUGGCUGGCUGUUAUUACACCUCCGAUAUAUCCGUAUAAGUAAGAAAAAAAAAUGGGAAAUAGCAUUCCGUGGAUUUGAGAUUGUAAAUUGGCAUUAUUGUAGUCUUAUGUCUCUCUCUAAAUUCAUGUAUAUACAGAACUCCAAAGAGAAUAUCUGGUGUUUCGAAA